AAGUAAAUAUUUCACUUUCAUAUAGAUAAAACAAGGCAACGUGUUAUGCAGUCGUGUUAGCUAUGAAAAUUUCUUAGCACAGACAUGGUUUAACGAAGGAAUAAAGCAUUUGAGUGAUUUUAUAAUUGAUUAAGCAAGCUAUACAAAGUCGAAAUAGAUAUGGAAGAAGGCACUGUACCAACUAACCAGCUGUCACGCAAGUGCUACCCAUACCCACUACUUUCCAACGUGCACAGAUACUUGUCACCAUCGUCAAAAGCUCCCGAAGCAGACUGCAGAAGUUAUACUUUUUAUACAAAAGGAGAUUGGCUAUAUUUUCAUGAUGGCUGUGACGGUUUCAAGGACAAUGGCUGGGGAUGUGCCUAUCGCACGCUGCAGUCCGUCAGUUCUUGGAUCGUUAACAAACGCGGUUCAAGUGAUUGUGAUGCAACAGUGCCAUCCAUUAAAGAAAUACAGCAAACGAUUGUGCAGAUUGGCUAUAGAGACAAGGAGUUUGUUGGCUCUCACGAUUCUAUAGGAGCAAUUGAAGUAUUCUACACUUUGGAUACACUGUACGAUGUUGUUUGCAAAAUCAUUCACGUUGCACACCAUGAUAAUUUGAAGAAAUACGCCAGUAUUCUGAAGAAAUAUUUUGAAGAUUAUGGUGGACUUGUUAUGAUGUGUGGCGAUAAAAAAGAUGCGUCUAAAGGCAUCGCAGGCCUUCACAUUAGCGGAAAUCAAGUUUAUUUACUAGUCAUCGAUCCCCACUUUGUCGGCGUUCCAAAAUCUGUGCAAGAACUAGUUGACCACGGCUGCAUACGUUGGCAGCACACUUCGGAGUUUGUUGAUAGUUCCUUCUAUAAUAUUUGUUUACCCCAACUUAAAUGAAAAGAUGCCAAAACAUGAAAAUACCUGUGCAAUAUAUACAUGCAUACACACGUAUAUUUGUAUUAUUGAUCUAUUAAGUAUUACAAUCUGAUAACAGAGUUUUUGACUGUUGAAACAUAUAUUUAAUAAAAAUCGAACGCUUUCAAUAAAAAUUUGCUAAACAUAAAAUUUAAAUAAAAUCAUGCAACAAUUUA